CAUUAAAAAUUCUCGAUAAGAUAAUAGCUCUCAAAUUCUAUAGAAAAGAUCCUUGGCCUAGGCCUAGAUCUAGAAUGCUAGACUGCCAGACUGGCUGGCCCAUUUUUCUCUACAACCUUGCCCUUGAUUCGCCUUGAAGCAAUAUUUUUAUAUUCUCAGUUGUCUUUCCAGUGACAUCGCUAUACGUGCAUGAAAACAUGUUGAAAAGUAUACUGUCGAAAGGAGGAUGGAGUUGCUUUUCUGUGAUGCCAAGAAACUGCCAAAAGUAUAUUUUAUUGAAGACGGUAAACAGUGCAAGACACUCGUCAAACUCAUUUUCAUCCGUAUUACAGAGAACUCUGCAGCGCAUGUUUAAUCUAAAGAAAUACACAACAUACCGAAGUGUACCACAAAAGAUCCAAAGUCCUCCAUAUAUUCUUUCUGGAAAUGAUGUUUCUCCAGUAUCAGCUGACGUCAAGACAAAACUGCAAAUUGAAGAAAUGAGGCCUGCAUGUGAGCUGGCUGCAUCCAUCCUUCGGCAUGUUGGAGCCAAUAUUGAGGCAGGAAUGACAACAGAUGACAUUGACGCAAUGGUUCACAGAAAAAGUAUUGAAGCAGGAGCAUAUCCCUCACCUCUUCAGUAUAAAGGCUUUCCCAAAUCAGUUUGCACAUCAGUAAACCAUAUAGCAUGCCAUGGAGUUCCAGGAUCUUUGGUGCUACAGGAUGGAGAUAUCAUCAAUGUGGAUAUCACUGUAUUCUUUCAGGGUUAUCAUGGUGAUACCUCUGAGACCUUCAUGAUAGGUGAUGUUGACAGACAGGGUCAACUCUUGGUGCAGGCUGCAAAGGACUGUAGGGACAUUGGAAUCUCUGUUUGCAGAGAGGGAGCUUUAUUUUCUGACAUUGGGGAGGUCGUAUACAUGAAGGCACAAGAAGCAGGUUUUGAAGUGAUUCCAAAUUUCUGUGGUCACGGCAUUGGACAGUACUUCCACGGACCACCUGAUAUUGUGCAUGUUCCCAGUUACUCUGGAGCACGAGGUGAAAUGAAAGCUGGAAUGACUUUUACUGUUGAGCCAAUUAUAUGUGAAGGAUCUCCAGAGAUUCAAAUUCUAAGUGAUGACUGGACCGUUGUGACCAAAGACAAAAGCAGAUCUGCUCAGUUUGAGCACACAAUACUAGUCACUAAAAAUGGCCAUGAGAUACUCACAAAAUGAUUAAUCUAAAACUAAAACUUUUUUUAUUUAGGUCGCUGAAUCUUUACGUUAUGCCUCCAAACAUCAUUUGUAUGAAAUUUUUUUUUUUCCCUUUUUUUAUAUCACAGGUUUGUUUGCUCUUUCUCAUGGGGUCCACUUACAGAAGGUUCUCUGAUAUAUAUUUUAAUUUAUUAUUUUAAGGGAUAGAUUUUAUUUACAGUUAAGGUAGCCUCACCAGCUAACCUCUAAACAGUUACAGUAGUCUCCGCCUAAAUGCACGGUAUUCGGGAAGGUCCCUAAGCAUGCGUUUAUAUGAAUCUGUGCAAAAGGAGGAAGAGAUCGAUGCAAUCAUCUCAUUGCCUUGAUAUUCUAGUGACCUCCCUUGGGGGUGAUGGGUCAUUUUGCCCAAUUAUGUGAUGGCACGUGACUGUUUUGUGAAGGAUUCCCCCGACUGCAGUUAUGAAUUAUGAAUACAAAGGUGUUGAAUUGGGGGGGGGUGCACAGAAAAACGGUCUCACUGUACUGAUAUGCACUAUAAAAUGUCGGGAUCAGAUAAGAAGAAACUGUUCAUGAUAGAUCUAGUCAUUAGGGAAAAGCUUUCAGCCACGUGGCUUUCCAAUUUCAAGCGACCAAUCCCGACAGUCUGAUAUCUAUUGCAACUCGAUAAAUGCAUGGAUGACGUCAGACUUUUUACUUGUGAAUCGUUGAACAAGUACUUUAUAAGUUCUUCGAGCACAGUUGAUUACCUUACUAAUCUUUAAUUAGAGUGGCAUAUCAAAUGUUUUAGAGUAUUCACGCGUGUUGCGCAUCAUAGUAAGCUGUCACUCAAACACCAGGCAGAAACCUUCUCUCAAAGACGCAUUUCGAGUGACCAAUCAGAAGACAUUUCAGUCCCCCCUCCCCUCCCUUACAUAUUAUCACCCGACCAGUCCUAAACCUAUCCUAUACGUGAUCGUGGAAAGUUGGGCAUGAAAACUCUGCCCAUCGCUCUCUCUGUUCUGCGUGAAGGUCAGUCCCGUCUAGGCUUGUCUAUGCAAGCUGUGUAGGCUGCUGCGAAAUUUCCCCUUGUCAAGCUUUACCUGUCGGCGUGUUUCCUGGAUCGGAGCGUGCGUUUAGAAGUGGCCGUGCGUUUGCACGUCUAAAUUAUAUAGCAAUAAACUCGUCAUAUGACGAAAGCGUGCGUUUGAAGGGAGCAUGCCUUUGUAUGGCGCGCGUUUAGGCAGAGAAUACGGUACUGUACUUAAAACUUAACUUAAAUAAUGACUAUCACUUUUAUUUUUCAAAGUAAAGAUUAUGGGAUGAGAAUAUUAGGUGCGUGAAUUUCAGCACACACAAAAAUUGAACGUUUUAAUUAAUCUGUACUCUUUUUAAGUUCUGACUGUGAAUUAGUCUUUUUUUAUGCUUCAAUAAACAGCUGUCUCAAUUUCAGUUUUAAAAGCU